UUCAUUUUCACGGUAAACAGCGGUUAACAUGGAUGAACAGAACGAAUUAGAGCGAAGUAUUUCAGACGCAAUUGAUGAUGAACCACAUCAGAACGCGAGGACAGAAUGUCGCAAACGUGUCUUUCUUUUUAAUUGCGACAGUACAUACAGUUUAGACUCGGUGGAGAAAUUGCUUCUUAACAUGAAAGGCGAUAUCAGACAAGAACUCAGCUUCGACAUCGUCAAGACAAGUUUUCGCCUUUCUGAAAUGUCGCAUGUGGCUGAAAAGGCCAUUCCUAAACUAAAGAUGGAUGUUGCCUUUUUUGUGGUUCAUGCGAAUGAAUCUCGUCUUUCCAUAAACGAGGAAAAUGCUGGAAUCGGUUAUGCGAAGCUCUAUAAAGCCUUACUCCAAGCCACUGACGGAAAGGUUAUAGUUGUUAUUGGUGGGGACGAUCACUACAAAAAUCAAGAUGAAGAAGAAUCAUAUGUGAUAUCACGUUGGGUUAAGAGAAAGGUUUCUUCUCAGUUUAAAGAUGAGUUUCUUGACGGAAGGAAAAGCUUCAUCUUUUCGUGGAACAAGAGUUACCGAAAGAUUCACGAGGAAGCGCUAUUGCAUUAUUUUGACCCGAGUAAGAGUGGACAGAAGUUUGAAUGGAAGCCAAAUGAUCGGCCAAGAGUACCUCAGGAAACUCUUCAUAAGACACCCGAGACUGAGAAGCUAGAAGCGAAAGAGCACGAGCAAUUCACAGAUCAUCCACAUGAUCGGCCAAGAGUACCUCAGGAAACUCUUCAUAAGACACCCGAGACUGAGAAGCUAGAAGCGAAAGAGCAUGAGCAAUUCACAGAUCAUCCAUAUGAUCGGCCAAGAGUACCUCAGGAAACUCUUCAUAAGACACCCGAGACUGAGAAGCUAGAAGCGAAAGAGCAUGAGCAAUUCACAGAUCAUCCACAUGAUCGGCCAAGAGUACCUCAGGAAACUCUUCAUAAGACACCCGAGACUGAGAAGCUAGAAGCGAAAGAGCACGAGCAAUUCACAGAUCAUCCACAUGAUCGGCCCAGAGUGCCUCAGGAAACUCUUCAUAAGAUACCAGUGAAUGAGGAGCCAGAAGCGAAAGCGAGUCAGAAAUUUACAAAUCAUCCACAUGCAACGGAUAUAGCACACAGUUCAGUGGAGGAAGAAGUAAACAAACAAACGUCUGUGUCGGAAGCGAGAUGUUAUGACAAAGGAGAUAAAUUGAAAGAAGAAGGAAAGAAGGACACAGAGGGUAAAGAUCCUAACGGGGAUGGACUCUCGGAAGGCUGUACCAGAGAAAUCGCUUCGAGGGAGACAACAGAAACAGAAGAUGACUAUGUAAUGGUAAAUGAGGAUGAUCAUGCUGGGUUUUCCAAGGGAGGGCAAAUGAACGGCAAAACCAAACAUGGGACGCUUGUGAUGAAAACCAAAGUGCGAAAUGGCAGCUUCUCCUUCAGAGACGAGGAGAGGGAAGGGAGCCUGCAGUGGAAACCACCGGAUAAAUUGUUACCAGAUAUAUCUGAGAAGCUAGAACAUGUUGCAGAAGCUGAAGUGGAAAUCUACCUUAUGGAGGAGACAGGAGCUGUGACCGUUAUAACGAGAGAGGUUUCCAACUUGUCGGUCAUCUACGCCAUGAUAAAAUAUGUUUACGAAAAGUUGGCCGGGAUGUUUCAUCUUGUCUGCCAUGCGUUUCUUAAAGGUAACGAGAUAGAAAGAGGGCUCGAUGAAUUCGAGAACUGAAGCGCAAAAGUUAAUUCAUAAUUUGAAACAAGCGAGAAGAACGCAUAACCCCCUCCGUCCUCCCUUGUGUAAAUAGUGGUAUGCCAGAAGCAUAUAUAUCUCUAAAAUACUUUUCUAGGUUGUCAAAUAGUAAUCUGGUUGAGGUUAAGGUAACGUAAACUAAACACUUAAUUUAUUGGGAACAUCAAAAGCUAAGGUUUAGCCAGAAUAGACCCCUUCGGAAAGUUUUUCUCCAGCUGGAAAUUUCUGGCUGCCUGAUUACCCUCUCUUGCUUGUGUGGUGUUAAUUUAGGUUUAGAAUCCAAAUGGUUUAGAUGGCUUUAGGGACAAUGAGCCCGAGCGAAAUGACUUUAAACUCAUGUCGAUGAAAUAGGUCACUGUGUUAAACGAUAAAAAUAGAACUAUAUUUAAUCUGAAAUAUUGUAAGGGUUUCCAUAUAUUGGUGUUGGGAAAAAGAAUGUAAAUAUUAUAUUACUUUCAGCCAUUCGAUACAAAAAUUAUAAUAUGACAGGUUGAAUAUUUCUUAUUCCUUUUGGCGAUCUCAUCUAAGUACAAUUUCUUUCACCUUUUUCUUAUUGCGGUUGUGAAUUUGGUACUGAAACAGUUGCUCCGUUUCUACGGUGAUAAGAUCUUGUUGUACUAUUUUGUGAUAAUAAGCUAUGUUUUUAAUUAUGUCAAUUUUCUAGUUGUAAAUCUCUCUGGUAAAAGUUAACCUCGCACAGGAAUUCCUGGAAACUCCUGCUUCUUAUACUAUUGAUUACUUUCAGACUGGUUUUUUUUUGGUCAAAUUCUAAGUCAAAUUCACGAUUCAGAAUAUUUCGUAAAUUUUAAGUUACCUUCAACACCUCUUCUUAAAAAGGUGACUCUGAUUGUAAAUAGCUUAUGUUUUUUCAUCUCCGCACUGAAUUUGUAAUUAUAUAACUUAUGCGAAUAACACAUAGUUUUCUUAAGGGCGGUACCUUAAGUACGCCCCUUCUUCUCCGAAUUUUCUGUUUACUCUGUUGUUAUAUAACAAUCCUCUACGGCUAUUUUCUCGUAAACUAUCUUUUCAAGCGUAAUUACAAUUCUGCCAAUAGGUUGAUUAUAAUUUUUAUAUUAUCAAUCUUGUCUUCGUUCUGGCCGAUCUUAAACGUAAAAUUAAGAAAUUUAAGGCAGAAGAUGAUUUUGUGAUUCAGUAAACAAUACGAAAGUGUAUACUUAGUAUGCAGGAACUGUCGCACGUACUCUAACGUGAUUCGCUGGCUGAAACGGAGCGAUCGCGAUGUAAGAAGAUUGACAGUUUAGAAGUGUCAUCUUCGGUGUCACCUUUAUAAGCUGGUGCACAUCAUCUUUCAAUCAGCGAAUAUAGCAAAGUAGAACAAUGUGGACUUAUGUCGAAAGAAAUAAGUUGAACUGUGGUGAAUAAGAUCAAUACUGGGCAAGUUCCCGAGAGUAAGAAUUGUACCAGGAGCUCAACCAGGAAAAAAAGAAAGAAAAAUUCAACCGAGUGUUAGAGAGUAAUUCUUUUAACAACUGUUUUGCUUUUACCUUUAGGUGAGCAAGUACUAUGCUUGUUCUGGUUUGACUUAGAUUAGAAGCAUAUUAUCAUUAUCUUUAUUCAAGAACAGAUUCAAGAAAAUUGACCUUUCAGGCCUUUUAACCUAACUUUUUACAGUAUUGUUGUACCAUUGUUAGUAUAUAUGAUUAUCGUUGUUACUCCCUAGCAUGACUUAAAUUGCUUUUGUAAAUUCUCAAGUUUUUG